GCCACACUCUCCUGCGGAGGCUGGGUGUCGCCUGACCGGAUGAUGACAGAAGUUUUUCUGUGUUAAUGUCGCUACUUCAACAUGCGAUCGUCCAGCUGUUAAACUCCCCAGGUCUCUGGGCAACGUCAGGACUCUUGGAUCGGGACCUCCGCUGUGGUUGGAUGAGAUAAACUUCCCAGACCGCUGCGUCAUCUGGGAAGUUUUGGGCUUUGCUGUGGGAGCGAGCGACCCUCACUGGUUCCCACUCGACCGAGGGGGAGAACUAGACCCAGCUGGGCACACCGAGGUGCCGCGAUGGGAAACCGGGGGAUGGAAGACCUCAUUCCCCUCAUCAACAAGCUCCAGGACGCCUUCAGCUCCAUCGGCCAGAGCUGCAACUUGGACCUGCCGCAGAUAGCGGUGGUCGGCGGGCAGAGCGCAGGGAAGAGCUCGGUGCUGGAGAAUUUCGUCGGCAGGGACUUUUUGCCCAGAGGAUCUGGUAUCGUCACCCGUCGUCCUCUCAUCCUCCAGCUGGUUAACAGUAAAGCAGAAUAUGCCGAGUUCCUGCACUGUAAGGGCCGCAAGUUUGUGGACUUUGAAGAAGUCCGCCAGGAGAUCGAAGCAGAGACCGAGCGUCUCACCGGCUCCAACAAGGGCAUCUCCCCGGUCCCCAUCAACCUCCGUGUCUACUCCCCGAACGUGCUGAAUCUGACCCUGAUCGACCUGCCGGGGAUGACCAAAGUGGCGGUGGGGGACCAGCCUCAGGACAUCGAGCACCAGAUCAGAGAAAUGCUGAUGCAGUUCAUCACCAAGGAUAGCUGCCUGAUCCUGGCCGUCACCCCGGCCAACAGUGACCUGGCCAACUCUGACGCCCUGAAAAUAGCCAAGGAGGUGGACCCUCAGGGUCUGCGGACCAUUGGUGUGAUCACUAAGCUGGACCUGAUGGACGAAGGGACAGAUGCACAGGACAUCCUGGAGAACAAACUUCUGCCGCUGCGCAGAGGUUACAUCGGGGUGGUGAACCGCAGUCAAAAGGACAUCGAUGGGAAGAAAGACAUCCGGGUUGCUUUGGCUGCUGAGAGGAAGUUCUUCCUGUCCCAUCCUGCCUACAGACACAUUGCAGAACGCAUGGGCACACCUCACCUGCAGAAGACCCUCAACCAGCAACUUACCAACCACAUCCGAGACACGUUGCCUGGAUUACGUAGCAAGCUGCAAAGCCAGCUGCUGUCGCUGGAGAAGGAGGUGGAGGAGUACAAGAACUUCCGCCCUGACGACCCCACACGCAAGACCAAGGCCUUACUCCAGAUGGUGCAGCAGUUUGGUGUCGACUUUGAGAAGUGCAUCGAGGGGUCUGGAGAUCAGGUGGACACCUCCAACCUGUCCGGUGGAGCCAAGAUCAACCGCAUCUUUCAUGAGCGCUUCCCAUUCGAGCUGGUGAAGAUGGAGUUUGAUGAGAAGGAGCUGAGGAAACAGAUCAGCUACGCCAUCAAGAACAUCCACGGUGUCAGGACAGGCCUGUUCACCCCUGACUUGGCGUUUGAGGCUAUAGUGAAAAAGCAGGUCAUUAAGCUGAAAGACCCCUGUCUGAAAUGCGUUGACCUCGUCGUCACCGAGCUUGUCACCCUGAUCAGGAAGUGCACUGAAAAGCUGGGCUCGUACCCUCGACUAAGAGAAGAGACUGAGAGGAUCGUCACCACCUAUGUCAGAGAGCGAGACAGCAAGACCAAAGACCAGGUGCUGCUGCUGAUCGACAUCGAGCUCUCUUACAUCAACACUAACCAUGAGGACUUCAUCGGAUUUGCCAACGCCCAGCAGAGAACUGCUGCUAACAUUACCAAGAAGAGAGUCAUGCCUAACCAGGUGAUCCGCAGAGGCUGGCUCACCAUCAACAUCAGUAUCAUGAAGGGAGGAUCCAAGGACUACUGGUUUGUCCUGACGGCCGAGUCUCUCUCCUGGUACAAAGAUGAGGAGGAGAAAGAGAAGAAGUACAUGCUGCCUCUGGACAACCUGAAGCUGAGAGAUGUGGAGAAAGGCUUCAUGUCCAGCAAACAAGUCUUCGCCAUCUUCAACACUGAACAGAGGAAUGUGUACAAAGACCUGCGUCAGAUUGAGCUGGCGUGUGACACUCAGGAGGAUGUUGACAGCUGGAAGGCCUCGUUCCUCAGAGCGGGCGUUUACCCAGAGAAGGACCAGCCUGAGAAUGAAGAUGCGAUGAACCCGAGCGACACCGUGUCCAUGGACCCUCAGCUGGAGCGCCAAGUGGAGACCAUCCGCAACCUGGUGGACUCCUACAUCGGCAUCGUCAACAAGUCCAUCAGAGACCUCAUGCCCAAGACCAUCAUGCACCUCAUGAUCAACAGCGCGAAGGACUUCAUCCACUCGGAGCUGCUGGCCUAUCUGUACUCAGCAGGAGACCAGGGCAGUUUGAUGGAGGAGUCAGCGGAGCAGGCUCAGAGGAGAGAUGAGAUGCUGAGGAUGUAUCAUGCUCUGAAAGAGGCCCUGGUCCUCAUUGGCGACAUAAGCACCACCACCAUUUCUACACCUGUGCCUCCACCAGUGGACGACACCUGGAUGGCCAAGGAGCCAAGUCCUCCUGCAGCAUCCCGCCCGGCCUCAGCAACAGCGCCCCCUCCCAGCCGACCCCCAAAUGUGAGGGGGCCCACCGCGGGGCCUCCUGCCCCCCUCAAUCCCUCACCAGCGUUUGGAGCGCCGCCUGUGCCUUCUCGACCCGGCCCUCCACCGGGGCAAACGGCCUAUGCUGGAGACGCCAAUUCCGGUUCUGUGCCUCUUGUCCCAUCGAGGCCAGCCCGCGUACCUCCGGCGCUGCCGCCGGGGAUUCCAAGCAGAAGACCCCCGGCUGCUCCCAACCGACCCACUGUCAUACGUCCUUCAGAGCCCUCCCUGCUUGACUAGAAACACACACACAUUUACAUGUUUAUAAUUCCUGAUGCUGUUUCAGUAUGUAAUUUUGUAACUUCCUGUGUAGGUAGUUUUUUUUUUAACAUGUUGAAAUGUUCUGCUUUCAUUGUAAUGAAAAGGGAUAAAUUUGAUUAUUUGACUGACUUGCAGGUCAUGAAUCAAGCAGGUCAUCUUGAAUUUUUGUUUCAUUUGAAAUGAAAUGUGCCUUAAAACAAUGUAUGAUUCUUAUAACUUUUUUAUAUAUUGAUAAAGAAACACAUUUAGAAAUAAUUUUACUUGCUAAUGAUUUGUCAUUAAUUUUACACACUAAGCACCUCAGUCAGUAAGCAGCACUUUUUGAUAAAAGUCCUUUUGCUCUUAGUUUUUUUUGGUAGAUCUAUAAAGUCAGCCUUCAAAUGAGCUUAUAAAAAUUGACCAAUGUAUGAUACAUCUUAGCUUCAGCUUGAUUACUUUAUUCCAUGUAUGGAUAGGCGUUAGUAUUCUUCCAUUGGAGGCCAAUGAAACAUAAAAAGGCAGGAGGAGGAAGGUCUGGCGCUGCAGCAGUGAGAUGUUUUACGGUGCGUUACUGAUAAUUAAACAGUAGGUGACCUUGCCCAGCCGAACGUCCUCAGACGGUUACCUCUCACAGCUCGGUGAUAAAGUGCCUCCAGCACAAAUAACUUUAUUACUUCAAAAAGCAUCAUAUUAGAAAGCUGUAGUGGGGGAAAAAAAGGUAAUGUAAAGGGCCUCUAUGUAUAAAGUGAUGGACUGAAUAAAAGCGUAGAAAAAGACAGUGUGGUAUCUGGUGCUUCUUCUUGCUUUUUUUCUUUGCUCCAUUUCAUUCCUCUCUCUCUUUUUCUUACCAUUUCUUGCAUCUCUCAUGCACUGCACGGUUUCCAUGCACAAACAGUUGACAGCUCAUGUGGUAUGAUCAAUGCAUCUCUCAGAUCAGAACCAUCUGAUUUGCACAAUAGCGAAACGCAGAGAGCUGAGCAUCCACAAGAACGUUUCACUUUUCUGUGCGCAGACUGGCGUGACCUUCUGUCCUUACUGUGUGAUGGAGCUGUGAGUCACCAUGGUAACAGUGGUUGCCAGUGGCAACACAGAGUAAAGAUAGAGUAAAAUAUGUCUUUUGUGUUGUGACUGGAGGUUUGCUAUCCCACUCCUUUAUUUUCUGGUAAUUUUUUCCAUCCCCCUGCUGUUUGUGUUACUGCUCCACAAAUGAUUGAGAACUUAAGUGGACAUUUUCACGGCCUUCUCCUAAACAUCUUCUCCUCACACAGGCGACCUCCACAAGGCCCCUCUCGUCCUAACCACUGGUGAAGGAAACCGAUGUGGCACACUCCUACUAGGACUCAGUCAGCAGGAGCUGGGGGAGUCUGCUCAGUUUGAUGUGAGGGUUAUCAGAAGUUAAAGUGCAUGAAAAAGUCUCCGUUGUCUACAGCUGUUUUAGUUUGACACUAAAGGAAGAGAAAGUUGCAGAAACAAUUGUGGUAAAUUAUGACAGUGGAUGAUAAGUAUUGUCAACAAUUUAGAAAUGAUCUAAAUGCAAGUGACAUAAUAAAUAUUCUGAUCAUCCGUGUACAUGCAGGUAUGAUAUUUAGUUAUUUAGCUAUUUCCAGCAUUUAAUGUCGACUGUGUAUCAAUUAUCAUGCGUUUUCUUUGUGUCUAUACAUACUUUCUGAGUACUUUGUCUCAUGAGUUUGCUUCCUCACUUAAAAUUGGUGAAAUCCGAGCAAAGAAAAGUGAAAUGAGGAACUAGAAAAUCCACAUUGCGUUUGUACGCCUCCGCCCAGCAGUUCAGUUUCCAUGUGCAUAUUUCUACAUUUUUUUCUACAAGAUAAAAAAUGCGCUUUGUGAGGUCACUAUGACGUUUGACCACCAAAAUCCAAACAGUUCAUCCUUGAGUAAAAGUGAAUAUUUGUAAAUAAUUUGAGGAAAUUCCCUCAAGGCAAUCUUGAGAUAUCGUGUUCACAGGAAUGGGAUUAAAGGACAGACGGACAGAUGGACAAAGUGAAAACCGACUGCCUCAGGCCGUCGCUGGCACAGAGGCAUAAAAAGAUCAGGAAACUGCAUAUUGACAUGGUCCACAUAGAGCUGGAUGUUGUUAUAUCCAAAGCUAUAUGCCACUAAAUCCUACACACUGAACCUUUAAAACAACUUCAGCUGAAGGUCACAUAAUAUCAAUGUUGUUUUGAGAAAGGUUAUAUUGUUUGAUAAGGUCAGACAACCAGGGAUCAAUAUCUGCAAAAAUAAACACGUCCCUACAUGAGGGUUACACACCUGAUGGCUUCCACCAUGGCCCGGGGGAAAAUAGUGAUAAGCUUAGUUAUGUUGUUAAAAAAUAUGCAAGAUGAUCAUAUAAAUAGGGUGUAUUUAAGUUUUCAGUUUACAAGCUGCUUGUGGAUCAAUAAGGGGAUGGCUGUAUCUGAGGGGGUAGAGCGGUAGCUCCGAAUACAAGGUCGGCGGUUCGAUCCCGGUCUUUACCAUCUGCAUGCCAGAUACUGAACCCUGAAUUGCCCGUCAUGGAAAAAGUACUGCCCUUAGAUGCACUGUAUGAAUGUAUGGGUGAUUAGCAAGACUAGGAAAGCGCCAUAUAAAUACAGAUCAUUUACCAUAAACACAUCUGUCAACAGCACCAGGGUUUUUCAGGAUUUACCGGCACAAGAAGCAAUAAAUAGUUUUUCAUGAACAAACUAGAAUGUCAGUAUUCAUCUGCCAAGGUCCAGUCAUCAUAUGAAACUACAUUUAAAUUCUAGAUUCAGAUUUUAGGAAAAAAAUCCGUGCAAAAAAUGAAAUGGCUUCUUUCUUGGCCCAUGCCACAUCCUUCUAUCAAGUUUGAAUAAAAGCGGCUCAGCAGUUUGGUAUAAUCCUGUUGAGUGAGACAAACAGCAAUGACAACAUAACCCCUUUGGCGCAAGUAACUUUCCAAAUUAUGCAUUUGUCAGAUCUCUAUAACAACGAUAGAGUAUUAGGGCCACUUUAACAGAUCUAUCUGUCGCUUGUGGUAUUGUGGAGUAGCCUAUAGGUUUCACAAACAGUAUAUUUCAUCCUUCGUCACACCAGCCCCCCAUUAUCAUAGGUAUCAUGACUUUGAAAAGAUCGAGAAAGAAACAGUCUGACACUGUAUUCUGAAAACUAAACAUCGACCCACGGACUUGGAAAUGUUUGUGUGGUCGACUGAAUAACAUUGGUUGCAUCUGUGUGAUAAUUUCUCAAGAAACAAUGACAUUGGUUCUGAUUCUGGAUCCAGGAGUGGAACUCCGGCGAGAACCGAUUCUCCUCAUUUCUUAUCUCUAAAAUACGUUUUAAAUAUUAAUAUUAAAGUUUCAGAUUUCUUUUAUUCAAUAUGGCCCUUAUACCUCAUUUUACUAAAAAGGCAACCAAUAUCACACAUAUAAACUGUGUAAAAAAUGUAUUUAUUAAUAUAAAUGACACCCAUGAAAACCUGAUUAUCUUAAUUAUCUGACACUCUGCUCAUGGUAAAUAGAAAACAAAUCACUUUAUGGCCGUCUGAGUACAAACAAAAUGUCAGAUUCUGUUGACACAGUAAAACACAUCAAAGGUAAAGCAAAUGUUAUCCUUCAGAAAUACACAUUUGUUCACACUGAAUUGCAUUGAUGCUUCUCUGAACAGACGCACUGUGUGUGUAUGUGUGUGUGUGUGUGUAUGUCUAUGUCUAUGUCUGUGUGUGUGUGUGUGUGUGUGUGUGUGUCUGCAGGAGGACUGAAACAUACAUGUUAUAGGAAAAACUGUUUCUUACUCUACAUUAUUAUUUGCCCAUAUGAUCUUGGACUGGAACAAAAAAACAAAUCAGUAACUUCUCAAAGAAAAAGAAAGCUAACAUGAGGCUGUAACCAAGGAUACAUUUAGGUCAAUGGACAGUACACAAGUAUAACGGCAGGAUCUCACUCUCAGGAAGACACCAACAACUCUAUUGCACAUUGCUAUCGAUUGGAAACUAUCAAUUUGCGAGUCCUCUAGAUUUGCUUCAACCAGUUUCAAUAUGUUGGACAGCAACAACAUAACCUUUGGUAUUUGGUCUAUGAAGGCUG